AUGGGCAACCCACAGAACCGGGCCGUGGUGGCCAGGGGUCCCCGCCAGGGAUGGCUCGCUGCCCUGCAGGACCGCACUGUCCUGGCCUCCCUGGCGUGGGACCUGGGCCUUCUCCUGCUGUUUGUCGGACAGCACAGCCUCAUGGCGACCGAAGCAGUGAAGGCUUGGACGUCCCAGCACUUCGGGGUCCUCCAGAGGUCUGUGUAUGUGGCCUGCACUGCCCUGGCCCUGCAGCUGGUGAUGCGGAACUGGGAGGCCGUGCCCAGCGGUCCUGUGCUCUGGGAGGCUCGCGCCGAGCCCUGGGCCACCUGGGUGCCGCUGCUCUGCUUUGUCCUCCACGUCAUUUCCUGGCUCCUCAUCUUCAGCACCCUUCUCGUCUUUGACUAUGCUGAACUCAUGGGCCUCAAACAGGUGUACUACCACGUCCUGGGGCUGGGAGAGCCUCUGGCCCUGAAGUCUCCUCGAGCGCUGCGGCUUUUCUCCCACCUGCGCCACCCGGUGUGCGUGGAGCUGCUGACGGUGCUGUGGGUGGUGCCCACCCUGGGCACUGACCGCCUCCUCCUUGCUCUCCUCCUCACCCUCUAUCUGGGCCUGGCUCAUGGGCUGGACCAGCAAGACCUCCGCUACCUCCAGGCUCAGCUACAGAGAAAACUCCACCUCCUCUCCCGUCCCCAGGACACAGACCAAGAGUGAGGUGCGAAGUCUACUUCCAAGCCUUGUACUUCUCUCCCGCCUCAAAUUCCAGGCCCCUUUGCCCCGUUUGGUGGAGUAUUGUCUGUAAUCCCAGCUCUCUGGAGGCUGAGACAGGAGGAUUGUCGCAAGUUCGAGGCCAG